AGGGAGCGGUGGAAAGUUCUGCUCACACAGGCGGAGUCUCCACUGUUUUUCAGACUCUCCUGAACUGUGUUUUGGGGACUCGGUCUUGUCUUGGCAGCAUCCGUACCUCGUCAUGGUGACCACCGAGACCCACCAGAGCCAGGACCUGAUGGUCCCCUCCGAGCUCCGCGACCUGCAGGAGCAGCUCCACAGCCAGCUCCAGGACCAGGAGCACCGCGUUUCUCCCGCGGACGCCUUCGACCCGGAAAAAUUGAGCCAAGGUCCCGUCAACGCCAUCACGGUUCUGACCCUGCUGGACAAGCUGGUCCACAUGCUGGACGCGGUUCAGGAGAACCAGCACAAGAUGGAGGUUCACCAAGUGCAGAUGGAGACCGUGGUUCGUGGGAUUCAGGCCGACAUGACCAAGCUGUCAAAGAGUCACAGUCACACGUGCAACAGCGUCAACAAACUGUUGGACAAAAGUCGCAAGCUGUCCGUUACCAUGAAGGAGGUGAGGGACAGGAUGGAACGUCAGGGCGUCCAAGUGAGGAAGUUGGAGGCUAACCAUGCCCACCUGAUCAGCAGGAACCAUUUCAAAGUUCUUAUCUUCCAGGAAGAAAACGAGAUCCCAUCCAGUGUCUUUGUUAAGGAUCCUCCUCCAUUCCCUCGUCAUGAGGUUCCAGAGGAAGCUGAUGAACUCGCGAUUAGCGGCGUUGAUGGAAAUCAGUCCCAUGAAAGUGGACUCCACACCAUUGACCUCUCGUCCGACGAGGAUGUGGGCUUGGAGGCAGACCUGGAUAUGGAGGAGGCCUGGCCUCAGGAUUUGGAGCUCAUGGAGAAAUCAAGGGCAGAGAAGCUGAAGCACUCCAGUCUGAAAAAGGUCGACAGUCUGAAGAAGAAGAUGAUGAAAAUCAAAGAAAAAACAUCCAGUCUCAAAGUUUCACCUUUGACCUUCAACAUCAAAAAGCCUCGCAGCAGCUCUGACUCUCAGGCUCCAGAAGCUGAAGCCCUUGCUUCACCCGUACUUGUUGAAGAGGCUGCAGAGCAGGCGGAGAAGUCUGCAGAGCCAGCCAAGGACCCUGCUGAGCUGGAGGAGUCCACAGAAAAGGUAGCAGAGUAUGCAGAAGUGGUUGUGACCAAAGCAGAGGUGGCGCCCGCAGAGCAGGAGGGGCUACCACAGGUGCCUGAAGGGGAUCAGUCCCCAGGAGAGAUUCGAGAGGAGCCUCUGGUGUCUGAAGAUGUCAACGACACUGUGUCUGCUGCAGAGCAGGCUGAGCUCACCCCGGAACACUGAGCAUGUCUUAAUGAAACAUUUGACCUUAUUUACAACGAAAACCUUUAUCCAUUAGGCUCAUCCAAUUCCAAUAAGUCAUCUACACAGGUUUAAAAAGUCAUACAAAAUACUUGGACCAGUUUACAUUAAGACCAGAGUCAAAUUAGACAAAUCCUUUCAGUAACCUGGCGAUUGACACAGUUAUAUUGCGUGUUUCACUAACUUCACUAUUGACAUCAAAUAUGUUUUUAACUUCUCACUAAAAAGUGUUUCUCUCCGCCGUAUUAAAUCCUGUGCGUCAUCACAGCGUGAGAUUUUAUCUAACAGGUCACCAAAGAUUUAUAUACUGCAUGUCCUUUUGGAGCUUUUACGUUCACAUUCUGUGUGUUGUGUGUUCCGUUAAACACUUCCUUUUAAUGUUUGUUGUCUUCUUACAUUGAGAAUAUGCCAAAAAUACUACAAUAGAAACUUAUUUGCACUUACUUCCAUUCUUACUAAUACAACCAUUCCAUUGUAAUUUACAGAUGGUGACGCAGUGUAAUCGAGUUUAAUUAAAUGUGCAAAGAGAGAAAAAAAAAGUAUUUUGUGUUGAAUAAUUCUAUGAAUUUUUAGGGACAGAGACAAGCAAAGCAGAAUAAAAAAUAGUGUUGUAAAUAUUAGCAUACAAGUUACUUACAGAUUAAGCUCUAUAUUAAUAAAAUAUAUGUAUAUAAAUUGAUCUAAAAUUAAAUACAAAAAGAGUAUAAAAGCAGAAAAGCUUGCAAUGUACCUGAUGCAGGUCAAAGCUGUGACACUUCAAAGCAGAAUUAGGUUGCAAUAUUCGAUUGGAAUAGGAAUGCAAAUUAAAAUACUGUAGUUGACUAGAAGGCCUAAUAGAAGUAGAAAUAGAAACAAGAAUAUGAAAUAUGUUUGUGCUUCUCCCCUCCUACCUUAGCAAAAGAGAAAUUUGCUUGUUUUAAUAUGAAUUAUUGGAAAGAUGGAAAAGCUGAGUUGCAAUAUAAUAAGUAUUGAGGUGUAAAAGAAGUGCUAUGCUACACAGUCCCAAUGUGCCUCUGUAUGUUUGAAUAAAAUUCCUACCA